AUGGCUUCCUCAGCACCAUCCGAAAUGUCACAGAAAUCCGUAGUUCGCCGUCCUCUUGGCUCGCACAAGCACCGACUCCUCCGUGCACACUCCCGCAAGAGGCCCGCCAGCUGUACAGCGGAUGUGUCACGUUUUUCGAGCUACUCCACCAACGAUGGCAUACUAUUAGAGUGCUUGCUGAGGGAGUUGCGCCUCCAGCCCGCGCCGCGCUCCCUCGACGCUAUCGAGUUGAUGGCGGCAAUUGCACAUAUAAAAGCGCUAUGGGAGUGCUUUGAACACGGGUCUGAGUGUUAUGUGGACUCGAAUGGCUGUCAUAUCGCCAUUGGCGUAGCAGAGAGAGUUGCGUGGGCAUGGCAUCUAGCUGUCACCCCCACCGCGUUAGCUUGCGACGGUCCUCCACCUCGUCUACUCAAGGCCUGGGUUGCAAGACAGACUGCGGUUGCCUCCCGCGUCUGUACAGCGCAUGGCGAUUCUUCAUAG